AUGUCUCAAACACAAACCCGAAGAGGGAAAAAAAAAGAAGAAAACAAGAAGAAGACUUUGCCAGUCGAAAACAACUUGGAGGAGGUGGAGUCAGAUAUCGAAGUUGAAGAGGUUCGAGGCGGUUCUUGUGGAACCAUGGAAAAAUUCAAGUCGGACUUGAACCAGCUAAAGGGAGAGAACCAGCUCCUCAAAGAGGAGAUUCGUCUCCUUAAGGAAGAGAACAGACUACUAAAACAGGAGCGGGAUCUCCUAAAGGAGAAGUCUCGUUCCUCUGAGGCCGGUUCAAAAGGUUCACAGAAAAGGAGCCAUGACCUUGGUGAGUCCUCCGACUCCUCUGAGCCUGAGUCCUCCUUUGAAACAAAGAAGGCUGCCAAGAAGAGAAGAAGGAAGCCAGCAUCGUCAUCAUCAUCAGAUGAGGACUCCCCAAAGAAAAAGCCAAAGAAGGCUUCAUUUGGAAAGCGAGUCAGUAGCCCAGAGGAUGUGGUCCACCGCUAUAAGAAGUUGGUGAGGAUGUACAAGAGGACCAGGAGCAUCCCAGAAACCUGUAGGGCCUUUGACUUGGACCGCAACACCAUCGCAGGGACUGCGGUCAUCGCAGAUGUCCUCAUUGCCGGAGAGGGUGGGGAUUUUGGAGAGCUGCCCAUAAUUGCUGAAAAGCAGAGUUUGGCUAGCUUUGCCAAAGUAUGCAAGGCAUUUUUGGAUGCAAACCCCACCCUAAAGGAGAAAGUGGAUAAGAUGAGGAAGGCCAAUGAGCUGCUCACCAUCAAAUACAAAUUUCAGAAAUGAGGGGGCCUGGUGAAGCACCAGCCAUGUGAUAUCACAUUAUCAUGUGUCUUCUGCAGACCGGUCUGGCCCAUGUGGGUGCUUGUGCUAGGUGGGUGUUUUCAGAAACCAAAAAGUGAAGAAUCAACCAGUGUCUGCACUGUCUUAAAGUCCUGACAGACACAUCACUUUUUGGUUUCUGAAAAACGGCCACCCAGUGCUUGGGGCCUGACCAGUCUGCAGGAAACACAUGAUGAUGUGAAUUCACACACAGACGCACGCACACACACACACACAGUUGGAGUUAAUACGUCGUUGUUUUCAGUAGUUUUGU